AUGAAUCCAUUAGGACCAUUAGACAUAAUUGACCCAUCCAACAUAGGCGGACGAGAACAACUAAUGAACCGGAUGUUCAAUCAUUAAACCGCAUUACUUACAAUAAAACCUACCAUAGAUAUUCGAAAAGGUCCUCGUCCGCAUGUAGAUGCGAAAAAAUUGCACAAAGAUAAGCCCAAAUACAAAAAAUUAUUAGAAUAUGGGAAUGUAUUUAACACAUUUAAUGCUGUUUAAAAUACUAAAAAAGGUCUAAUUGACUCUAAGGAGCCUUAGACAUUAAAUUUAACAUAUUUAUGGGGAAAUAAGCCUCAUCCUUUUAUCCAUAAUUAAAAGGCUUAAAUUAUUACAAAAGAGGAAUAUGACAUAUAUAAGAAAGAGUUUUUGAAAAAAAAUCAUGGGUCAUAUCUUUUUGAUGACGAUUUUGGAGAUGAAAUCCCGAAAGUUAAAGGAAAUUUGCAGGAAGAUUAUGAUAUUAUUAAAUAAAAGCUAGUUUUUCUUAUUGUUAAGUAUAGAAUAUAUAAAGAAGAAGAUAUUGAAGUACUUUUUGCGAGAACUACUGUCCAUAAUAGACAUUUAAAAAUGGAAAAAUUAGAUGAAAUUUUCAUAUUGAUUAAAGAUGAGUUAAAUAAAUGA